CCAUCGGCCACUGCGCAGCUUCGCGUGCUUUUCCUACCGUAUCAAGCAAGGGGGAUGAGAUGGGUUCGAAACUCUGCACGGUUGGGCCUGCGCGCUGUAUCAUACAAUAGUGCAGCGCAAGGUCUGAAGCAUACGCGCCCCCUCCCUAUCUGCGUCUCAUCAAGGACAGCAGUAAAAGCAGCAGAGCGACCAACGGCAACCGAUGUCUCUGCUGGGCGCCCUCUUCGUGUGUGUGUGGUCGGCUCCGGGCCUGCUGGGUUUUACGUCACCAAGUACUUGCUCAAGGAAGAGGCGGAGCUGGGGUGCGAAGUCGUCAUUGACCUAGUCGACCGGCUGCCCACUCCGUACGGCUUGGUGAGGUUUGGGGUAGCCCCUGAUCACCCGGAGGUAAAGGCCGUGCAAAACGACUUCGACCAGAUUGCCUCAGAUGCCAGGGUCAGUUUUUUCGGCAACGUGUGCUUCGGGAAGGAUGUGUCAGCUGCACAACUGUCCGAGCUGUACGACGUAGUUGUGUUGGCUUACGGGGCUGCAGGAGACAGGGAGCUAACCGUCCCGGGGGCUGAUCUCGAGGGGGUGUUUGCAGCACGUGCUUUCGUGUCGUGGUACAACGGACACCCUGACUUUGCCAAUAUGUCGGAGGAGUUUGCGAAAGCCUUGGCGUCAUCCGACACGGUGGCGGUGGUUGGUGUUGGCAACGUAGCGCUAGACUGUGCGCGAAUUCUUGCAAAGGGUAAGAAAGAUUCACGAUGCGGAUGUUGGAGAUUUUCUGCAGGUUGGUGAUCUCUUUCGCGCGGCGCACCGACCAAGAGAUUGUGCACGCGCCGAGGAAGUCACUCUUGCCUGGUUUGAAGUCAAUCCUUGCGUCGAGAGGUUUCAUAACCAUGCCCGCAAUCUCCUCGGGUUCAAACACAGUUCGCGGUUACACGAAUGUGUUGUCCUCAUCAGUAUCACCCUUUCCACUGGCACUGGCGUUCCGGUUCAAUCCGUUUGUGAUAUGCAUAUCAGCAGGAGCGAACGCUCUGAAAGAUUCGGACAUUUGUGAUCACGCGCUGGACGUUUUGUCCUCCGCCGGUGCUGGCCUCCGACGAGUGGUGAUCCUCGGACGCCGGGGGCAUGUACAGGCGUCCUUCACGAUGAAGGAGCUUCGUGAGCUUACGAAGCUAGAAGGAGUAGCCUGUUUAGUGAGGCAAGAGGAGCUCGAGCUGAGCCGAACUCCAGCAAGCCUAGACGAGCUCAAGACAGCACGGCCAAAGAAUAGGAUAGAUGCAUUGCUCACGAAGGCGGCGGGUGGAUCUGACAGCGUGUCGACAGAGGCAAAGGCCGUCGAGUUUCGCUUCCUGGUUGGACUCUCGGACGUCCUUCCGAACAAAAGCAUUCCCAAUAGGGUUGGCGCAGUCCGCGUUGAACGGAAUCAGUUAGAGCUCGACGAAGCCACGGGCGCCCAACGGGCCGUUGGCUCGGGCGUCCAAGAGGUCAUUGAGUGCGGGAUGGUGCUCGGUUCUAUCGGCUACCGCUGUCUUCCUGGUCAGGGUGUGCCGUACGACGAACGAAAUUCGAUCAUCGCGAACGAACGGGGAAGAGUGCAGGGGGUACCUGGCAUGUACUGCAGCGGCUGGGCUCGGCGUGGGCCAAGUGGAAUCAUCGGCACCAAUAUAACCGAUGCUAGAUCUGUGGUGGCUGCCAUCGUCGAGGACGUCAGGAGCAAGCAGAUGGCGUUGGGUGAUAAAGCCGAAGGUCGACAGGGUCUAAGAAAUAUUUUGAUGGGGGGGCAAGAUGGUGCACCUGGGCUUCGCGGAUCGGGUGGGACCAAGCAAAAGGUCCAGGUAGUGGAUUGGGACGGCUACCAGAGAAUAAAUCGGCAUGAGAUAGCACGAGGAGCGAUGAAGGGCAAGCCGAGAGAAAAGUUGGUGCAUGUUGAUGAAAUGUUGAGCAUCGCCACAGCUGUUGGUGAUGAGUAGUGACUUGUAGGCCGUCGCGUCCUCUCCCCUGUAGUCUCGGAGCUUUUUCAUGUUGUCUUGAAUUGCUUUAUCUUUCCAUGCCCCACCGAGGCACGCGGCAAGGGAUGCCGUUUCUGACUGGAAAAUAGGAUGUCAGUGUCUCACGUGUAAGUUUGGUUCUAACCCCAUUGAAAUCGACGGUUUGGUUUGUGCGCAAGGAAGAGUGGCAGGCGAGUGUCGCUCAGUCGGCACAGCAGCAGCAGUGUCUUGGCUGCGGCAAACAGCGCAUCUACGCAUCAUGCAAUAGGAGAAACCGAGUCCAUGGGUCUGCUGUGACUAUUUGAUCCAGGUGGCACCAAUCCUUUCCCCGCCGUGUUUCUCUGCUAAUUGAAACCGG